UUUUUUUUUUUUUUUCUUCACUUUAUUAUUAUUCUCUAGAAAACCCACGAUCUUUGUAUUUUAUUUAUUUUUAUAUAUAUAUACAUUACAUAUAUAUAUUAUAUAUAUUUUGCAUGGCAUUCAACUUUUUAUAGGUAAUGGAUUCAGACAGUGAUUAUUCAGAUUGUCAUUCCAUAUAUUCAGACGAAGAAGAAGGUUUGGAGGAUUAUAAAACUGGUGGCUAUCAUAAAGUUAGUCUUGGUGACACUUUACAACAAGGACGAUACAAGAUUCAAUUAAAAUUAGGUUGGGGUCAUUUCUCUACUGUUUGGUUAGCUUAUGAUACAAAGUUGAAGUGUCAUGUUGCAGUCAAAAUUGUAAAGUCUUCAAGGCGAUUUACACAAGGUGCCAAAGAAGAAAUUGCUUUAUUAGAAAAGAUUCAGUCCACCAAUCCUACAUCAGCCGGAUAUCAACAUAUUGCACAACUUUUGGAUCAUUUUGAACACGAAGGUGACAAUGGUAUACAUGUUUGUAUGGUAUUUGAAGUGCUUGGGGAAAGUCUUUUGUCUUUGAUCAAGAGGUUCAAAUAUCGUGGUGUUCCUGCUCCCGUGGUAAAAAAGGUGGCGACUCAAGUACUUUUGGGAUUGGAUUAUUUACAUCGUGAAUGCGGUAUUAUACACACUGAUCUCAAACCUGAAAAUGUUUUAGUUUAUGUCCCCAACGUAGAAACUGUAUUACAGGAACGCUUUCAUAUACAAGGAGAUACUAUUAUCAAUGGAAAUCAAGAAAUGGAACAGGAUAUUACUAUACUGGAUCAAGUGGAUACAACUGGAUUAACCAAGAAUCAAAAGAAGAAAUUAAAAAAAAGGAUAAAGAAAAAGUUAAAAAGACAACAACAAGGAUCACCAAGAAAGGAUAAGAAUGGAAUUAUUACAUCAUCUGUACUUGAUUUUACUGCUGGAGACUUGGAUGUCAAUGUAUAUGAAAAUAUUAUUGUCAAGAUUGCAGACCUCGGGAAUGCUUGCUGGACCAAGGAUGAAUGUACACAUUUGAUACAAACUCGAGAAUAUCGAAGUCCAGAGGUGAUUCUUGGUGCUAGAUGGAAUGAAAAAACUGAUCUAUGGAGUUUUGCUUGUAUGAUAUUUGAAUUAUUAACAGGUGAAUUCCUAUUUGAUCCAAGACCUUCUUCGAAAUAUUCCAAAGAUGAUGACCAUAUUGCACAAAUGAUAGAAUUGAUGGGUAACAAUUUACCAACAAGAUUGACACAAGAUAGUGAAUUCUCUCACGAAUUUUUUGAUCGACAUGGAAAUAUGAAACAUAUCAAGAAACUACGGUACCGGGAUUUACAUGACGUAUUGGAAGAAACAUAUCGUGACGGCCACCAACUUGAACUCCUGACUGAUUUCCUUACUCCAAUGUUACAACUUGAUGAUGACAAUAGAGCAGGUGCUGCUAUUAUUAUGAAUCACAAAUGGUUACACGAAUGAUCUGCUUCCUCCUUGACUGGUCUGUCAUUCUUUUAGUUUAGUCUUUGAUACUCCGUCAGCUGAAAUAAAAAAAAAAAGCUUUUUUUUUUU